AUGGCGGCCAACGCUUAUGUACUCAUCAACGUGGAACCCGCCAGGACGCAGGAGGUUAUCGACCGCCUGAACGCCAUCAGUGGCGCGUCGGUGCGCGAGGUGCUGGGACCCUACGACGUUGUGGUGGAACUGGAAGCCGGAACGGUCGAGGACCUCACCGAGAUCAUGCGCCACCGCAUUCGCCCCAUCAAUGGGGUCAGCAACACGGUCACGUGUUUGUGGUUCACCAACAUCUAG